CUUCCCUACCACAUUGAUUCUUCCCCGUAGUACUUACUCGGGUUGAGGCUGGUCUCAUUACUAUCUCCUUGUUCUCCUCCCUCUUCUGCAUCUCCUUACAUUUCCUCGAGAAACGCCCUCUCCUUCCCCCUACCGGUAUACCCACUUCCCUGUCCCCUCCGCCCGGAUCGGCCUUCCCUCUCCGCUCCGCAAAGUCCGUUUUUCUGCGUCGGCAUUUUCGGGCCUACAGCUUUGAGACCAACUCUCCUCAAUCCCCUCGGAGCUCCCUUCGCCUUUCCUUCUCCCACGUAUCUCGUCGCUCCGUAGCCCUCGCUACGCCCGAAAUCCUCAAGAGCUCAAUGGCGGUCCCCGAACAGAUCCCCGGGCAAGAAUAUGACUAUGAAGCCCUCCCCUCCAACUAUGGCUUAGGCGCCAAUAUGUUGGCUGGCGCCUUCGCAGGAAUCGCAGAACACUCUGUCAUGUAUCCGGUAGACUUGUUGAAGACUCGCAUGCAAAUCUUGCAUCCUACGACUGGAGGGCUCUACACAGGCUUGACUAAUGCGGUUUCGACGAUUUACCGGAUUGAGGGCUGGCGGACACUGUGGAAGGGUGUCUCGAGUGUGAUUGUCGGCGCCGGUCCCGCUCACGCCGUGUACUUUGGAACAUAUGAGAUGGUGAAGGAAAUGGCGGGUGGUAAUGUCGACGAUGGCCACCACCCGGUCGCGGCAGCUCUGAGCGGUGCUUCUGCGACCAUCGCUAGCGAUGCUUUGAUGAAUCCCUUUGACGUGAUCAAGCAACGUAUGCAGGUGCAUGGUUCGGUACAUAAGAGUCUCCUUCAAUGUGCUCGGUCCGUUUACCGCACGGAAGGUUUCCAGGCAUUCUACGUCUCCUAUCCCACUACCCUCUGCAUGACUGUCCCCUUCACCGCCACUCAGUUUGUCGCCUACGAGUCCAUUUCCAAGGUCAUGAACCCUUCGCAGGAUUACGACCCAUUUACGCACUGUAUGGCCGGUGGUCUGGCGGGUGCGUUUGCGGCCGGUCUGACCACCCCGCUCGACGUGGUGAAGACGCUGCUGCAAACUCGGGGUUUGGCGCAAAAUGAGGAAAUCCGCUCGGCCAAGGGUCUGUUCAACGCGGCGGCCAUCAUCAAGCGGCAGUUUGGCUGGAAGGGCUUCCUGCGUGGCGCUCGCCCCCGCAUUAUUUCCACCAUGCCCAGUACCGCUAUUUGCUGGACCUCCUACGAGAUGGCCAAGGCCUACUUCAAGGGUCAGCCGGACAACUAAGCCCACCUUGUCAGUUUUCCUCAACGGCCCGAUCGCAUGAAUCCGACACACUUCCGCUUCCUUCCCUUCCUCUGCACCUGAUCCCCCGGGGAGAAACACGCAACAACCCCCUCUCACCUUUACAUCGCUUUUCCAACCAAAAAAAAAAAAAAAACAUUUAAG